AUGGAAAAAGAAUUAGAUUUAAGCAUUAUAAAAGCUACUCAAUUGUCUCUUGGCAAAUACGUUAAACGUCCUCCACUAUCCGAUAAACUAUUAAAAAAACCACCCUUUCGUUUCUUACACGAUAUUGUAACUUCAGUAUUAAAAUCAACAGGAUUUUUUGAAGGUUUAUUUGAAGACCAUGAACUUAAAUCUGACAAUGUCAAAGACAGAGAAGCAAAAAUUACAUUUUUGAAUAAAGUUAUUUAUGUAAUCAGUAGAACUGUUGGUAAAGACUUGCACGUAAAGCCUUCAAAGAUAGUUGCUGGACAAGAACCUGAAAAAACAAAUGAGCUAUUGCAAUGCUUGGCAGAAGCUUUAGAUAAAAAACUUACAUCAAAAGAUGCUGUCAGAAAAUCUCGAGAAACCACUGACGACAAGAAAAAUAUUUCUAAAGGGAAAGAAAUAUCUAAGUCAAAAGAAAAUACAAAAAUCGAGAAACGUGGUACUUCAUCUAAUAAGCGGAUUAAAUUAAAAGAAAAUAAUAUCAAACAAAAACCAGACUCAUCCAAAAAUAUUUCACAACAAAUCUUAACCGACGCUACAGAUGUCAAGGGAAAAAAACAUAAAGUUUUGCAUGAAAAUAUCAAAGAGAAAAUCAAUGAAGAAGUUCCACGCAAUGAUAAUAAUUAUAAUAUUAAUCCUCUUAAAGAAACUCUGCCUUUAGCCGGAGAUCGACAAAAUGAUAAUAUAAAUACAAUCAGUGAUAAAAAUAGCAACAAUGAUGGGCAAGAAAACGUUAAUAGUGAAUGCAUAGAAUUUCCAGAAUCUGAUACUUCUAUAUAUCCUAAGACCAAUAAAGAAAUUGAAUCAGUAGAGCAUGGCGUUAAUAGUACUAAUUAUGACCCUGUCAAUCCUGAAAAAAUUGAAGUUGAGAAAAUAUCAGAUCGAAGUUUUAAUGAAAAUUCAAAAACGGCAGAUUAUUCUGAUACAAAAUCCCAAGGGGAACCUGAAAAAUAUAAAAAUGUGGAAAUUUCUAAUGCCAGUAUAGAAAAUUAUAUAACCAGUAAUAGACCUUCUAGUGUCAGACCUUCGUCGUCCCGUCCAGGUGCACCUAAAGUGCGAGAUAAACAAGAUUACAGUACUCUACCCGAUGCUGAAAACAUUGCGAUUGGUAAAGUUAAUAUUAUUUCAGAAAAUGUGCUGCUGGAAGAGGACGAAGAAUCUACAUUGGUUAUAGAAAAUUAUACUGAUGAUAUUAAAUCUCACCACACGCAUGACUUAGACCAACACGGUCAUUUGGUUCAACAAAUUUUAGAUUCACAAAAAGAAUUUACCCAAGUUAAUAAAACUGAAAUUGACUGGACAAGUGGAUUACAGAAAACUAGAGACGAUUUCAGUAGAGAGAUAGAACAAAUACGGUUUAAUGUUCAAGCACUGUCUCGUGUCGCAAAUCCAUUGGGGAAAAUUCUUGAUCAUAUUCAAGAAGACGUUGAAGUCAUGCGCCAAGAAUUAUCUCAGUGGUUGCAGAUUUAUAACGAAACAUCAAAAAAGUUGUUAAAACAGAAAGCAUUAAAUGAGGAGAUAAUUGCGCCACUGCGCGUAAAGACAACACAGCUGGAAAUGGACAUUUCAGAAAAAUAUAAAAAAAUUGACAAUAUGAAAAUAAUUGUUUAUAAAAAUAAUACAAAAAUUGACAAGUUACUAGCGAAUGAGCAUAUUAAAUAA